AUGGUGUAUAUUAGGCUUCUCAUUGAGAGGAAAGUCGAAAUCGACUGCGGCAAUCCAGACCACGACAAUCGCAUGCCUCUCUGCGUCGCUGCAGAGGAAGGGCGCACAGAGGUGGUGGAGACUCUGAUCAAGGCUGGAGCCGCACGCAACCAUCAAAUUACCAAAGCUGGAGACACCCCCCUUGGGCUGGCCAUCCGAUCUGGGCAUGAGUCCGUAGUCAAAUUGCUUCUCAACGCCGGAGCUAGUGUCCAUUUGAGAAAUUCCAAGGGGGAGGCACUGAUGGACCUGGCUAACCACCAUCCAACCCUCCUCCAUAUGAUUGCCACCUUAGAUAAAGUCGGAAGACUUGCAGAAAUAGCGGAUGAGCACCUUAAUUCCAGCAUUGACCAUGAAUUCAAGGCCACUGUCAUUGACUUUGUUUCUGUCUCUGGUGUCCUGACACCCGACGCUGUAGAAAUUGCCGUGGAUGAGCUCUUACAAACUCCUUGGGUUUCUACUACCCCAGACACUUCGUCCGCCUCAUUUAGAUGGCUGCCUGCAUCUUCCGGCUAA